AGCCUCAGUUACAAAAAAAAAAAAAAAAAAAUACAUGUCAUAGCUUAAUAAUUGUUUAAUUAUAUCUUAUACAUUUUCGUAACCUAUUUUUUACUGAAAAAGGGGACAUCUAGUCUUUUAUCUUUUAUAUAGUUUAAUAUGUUGUUCUUAUAGACAUUGAUCCAUAACACUAUGACAUCCUUAACAUCCUUUGCUGAUGAUAACUGCAAGUUAUUAAUCGAAAUACAAAUGAAAUAUACACUAACCCUACAAUGAAAAUUACAAUGAAAAUGUGAAACUAAUAUCCUAUCUCUACACUUAAAAAGUAGUGCCAAGCAGCUAAGAGAUUAGAAGAUGAGAGUUGUGUAACAAAAAAGGAUAAAAGUAAUAAAAAGCAAUAUCGAAACAAAAGGUUUAAAAGAAUUUAAAAACAAAUAAAAUAGUAAUACCUUAUAUCCAGAGUGCUAGUGGACAAGCAUUGCAAAUAAUCUCUAGAUUCACUCUAAGUAUAACAUUUUAAUUUUUAAAUACUUGGCACUUCUUAAGUGGACAAACUAACCCUAAAUGGGUCCCAUGUGCACUUACUAAUUUUUCUCUAUAAAUAGCCACACAUGGUUCAUGUGACACUUCCCCUCCCUCUCUUGCUUCUCAUACGUACAAAAUUGAUCAUACCAAUAAUCGGUUUAGUACUAUACCGGAUAUAUAUUUUCCACUAAAAGCAAUGUCCUCAACUAGUUUAGAGCCGGUUCGUAUCUGCUUUGAUGAUGCUACCAUAACCGGAGAUGAAAUCACAGAAAUUUUGGAAUUUCUUCAAUCAGAUACGUCGGACAACCCGAGCGGUUCAAACGAGUUGGAAGCACCGGUUGAUGAGAGGAAGAGAAAGCGAACGAUAUCAAACCGGGAAUCAGCAAAGAGAUCAAGGUUAAGAAAGAAGAGACGUUUUGAGGACUUAACCGAAGAGGUAAACCGGCUGAAGUCUAAGAAUCAGGAGCUUGUUAACCAGCUGGCUAAUGUGUUGAGCUGUGGUAAUGCCAUAUCAAAGGAGAAUAACCGAUUGAAAACUGAAUCGGUUUGCCUUGAGUUCAGGCUUCUAGAGUUGUACCGGUUUUUAGUGGCCAUGCAAUCGCCAAUCUCAACGAGUUUAAAUUACAUUUCAAAGCUUAUGAUUUAAGUUAAAAACAAAAUCAAAUUUGAGAUUGAGCAUUUGUUAAGAGGUUUAACGAUUUUACUAAGAAGUUUUACGCUUCGGCUAAAAGAUACAUGUGUGUAUGUGAAUGUUUAUGUGUAAUCUAUAUGUGAAACAUAUUUUAUCA